AUGCCUGCAGCACAGCGAUGGAAGUGCCGCCUGUUCUUCUCUCGAAUCGACUUGGCUCAAGAGAAGGCUGAGGUACUUCGUCUCCCUCAUCCUAGUGAUGGCAAGCCGGCUAACUUCCUCGUCACUUUUAAGGGCAGGUUGUUCGAGGUCAACUCCUUUGAGCGAAGUGGGUACAACCGAGGAAGUAUUUUUGUCGGCGAUGAUACCCUCGUUCGCGAUCCUCAUGUCCUUAUCGGGACGGAGGUGCCGCCCGUGUCGAUUCUACUACCGUUGUUAAUGGCUCAGGAGAACAACGUGGAAAGGUUUGUGUCUUUCACUGACAUAAUCCUCAAUGCUAGCACUGAGUACAGUAACUGCAGGGAGGCCUUCAAACACAUGGACAAGGUGUAUCGGUUUAGCAUGGACCGGUUGGUGGCUUGGCUUGCUGUUGUUGUUCGGAAGACAACUGAAUACGCCAUGUCAUCUGACCUGUAUUUCACUGAGGUUGGUGAGUGCGCUACAGAGGAGCUGAAGAAGGAGAGGCUAACGCGAUUUGUUUGUGAGUUGUGCUAUCAUUUCGCGAUCGGCAACGCUGACCUCGUGGCUAAGGUUGGCCAACGACUGGGCGUCGAUGUAUCGCAAGCCUUGAUAGCAUCGCCUGUGAAAAGGUCGAACCUUCCUGCUCCUUCUGCUGAGGUAGCCGCAACAAUGAACCAGAAACGGAAUAGGCAGAGUGAAGCCAACAAGGUUGAUGCUAAGCGGGCUCGGUUGGAGCAAGCGGCCAAAGGCUGUAAGAAAAUAUCUUCGUUUUUUACGAAGGUCCCCAGCAAGAGCAGUCAUUAG